AUGUGGCAAUUUACGGAAACGUUGGGUGAAGGUGCCUAUGGCGAAGUCGUUCUUGCCAAAAAUGUGAAUACAAACGAAUUUGCUGCCGUAAAAGUCAUUGACAUAAAUCGAUUGAAAGGCAACGAUGUUGUCAUAAGAAAAGAAAUUGAUCUACAUAAAUUAUUUCGACAUGAAAAUAUUAUCCGAUUUUACGGUUAUAAGCAACAGCAUUCCAAUUAUUAUCUUUUCCUUGAAUAUGCAGCUGGUGGUGAACUUUUCGAUAAAAUUGAACCUGAUGUUGGAAUGCCAGAGUAUCUUGCACAACACUAUUUUAAACAAGUUGUGGCCGGAAUGGCUUAUCUUCACAGUCUUGGUGUUGCACAUCGAGAUCUUAAACCUGAAAAUCUUCUCAUAGCUAAUAAUAAUGCACUGAAGAUUUGUGACUUCGGUUUAGCUACACUUUUUCGUAGUCAGACUACAAAAGAAGAACGAAAAUUAACUACGUACUGUGGCACAGCACCAUAUUCAUCUCCAGAGGUAUGGGCGAAAACACCGUAUCGAGGUGAACCGGUGGAUGUAUGGUCGUGUGGUAUUAUUUUAACUGCAAUGCUUACUGGAGAAUUGCCAUGGGAUCAACCGUCUUAUCAAAAUCCUGAAUAUAAACGUUGGUUAGAUCGUGAUUAUUACCACAAUCCAUGGAAGAAAAUUGACAAUAUGAUUCUAAAUCUUCUUCGUCGAAUUCUUGUUCACGAUCCAGCACAACGUGCUCGAGUUAUCGAUAUUCAAAGCCAUAAAUGGAUGUCGAAGAUCUACUCACAAGAUGGUACAGAAACCGAUCAUCAGUUAUUGAAGCGAAUGGCAGUCAAAUACGACGAACCAUGCUGGUCAUUAACACAGCCCAAUCAAAGUACAACGUCAACGGUUAUAUCACCAUCGAUUUCAGAUGAUUCAAUGGUUAAUUGUAUAUCCCAGCCAAUUAAACUCGAUGAUCUUAUUUUGAUCACAGAACCGAGAUCACUUACAGAAAUGGGUGAUCAAGAUCCAUCGGAACAUCUUGUACACCGUAUGACAAGAAUUGUAUUAGCAAUAUCGUUUGAUGAAACAAUUUAUCUGCUCAAUCGAUUAUUUCUUCAUACUGGUUAUACACCAAAACGUACAGCAGGCAAUCAGAUAACUGUUGUUACGCAAGAUAAACGACACACUGAAUUGAUAUUUAAAGUGAACUUAUUCAAAAUUCCAGAUGCGAAAAUUAUGGCCGAUUUUCGUUUAUCAAAAGGUGAUGGUAUUGAAUUUAAACGUAAAUUUGUCGAAAUUCGGGAACGUCUUGUUCAAUUGGCAACGGCAUGGUCAAAUGGUGGUGGUGGUUCAGCUUAUUUUAAUCAUUCAGAUACAUCAUCAACAUUAACUGUUGGAAAUAACAGUGUUAAUCAAUUACAAGAAGCAAUGGAUACAUAG